AAACAACAUUCUGUGGUCCAUUGGAAUCUUUUUGCUGCUCAUUCUGUAAGCUGUUGUCGAUUGUGAUCUGCCAAGUUAAAUAGCUUUGGAGCUGUUGAGCUGCAGCCAUGGCUAUCCACGAGGAAGCGUUGAAUAAAAAGCUCAACAAGAAGAAAAAGAAGAAGUUAGAAAAGUUGAUGAAGCUGAAGGCAGCAGAGGAAGCAGAAGCUGCAGCCAAUGAGUCUGGUUCGGCAGCGGAGGAGGCACAGGCUGACACUGAGGACGACACAGGAGCUGACACUGAGCAGACUGAGGAGCAGCACACAGAGGAGGUGGCUAGUAAAAAGAAAAAGAAGAAAAAGAAGCAGACUGCAGGGGAAAAUGCAGAAGAGGCAGCUGCUGAGCCAGUCCCCACUGCCACCCCUUCAGUACCUGGUGCAUCAUGGAUGGGCGUAAAUCCAGUGGAGGACACCUCCUUUGACUCACUGAAGGACAGAGUCUGUGAGUUCACACUGCGCGCCAUCAAAGAAAUGACCUUCACACACAUGACCCCCAUUCAGUCUCGCUGCAUUCCUCAUCUGCUGGAGGGCAAGGAUCUAGUGGGAGCCGCCAAGACCGGCUCCGGUAAAACGCUCGCCUUCCUCGUCCCUGCUGUGGAGCUCAUGUUCAAACUCAAGUUCAUGCCUCGGAACGGCACCGGCGUGAUCAUCAUUUCGCCGACCCGCGAGCUGAGUAUGCAGACGUUCGGCGUGCUCAAGGAGCUGAUGGCUCACCAUUUCCACACGUACGGCCUCAUCAUCGGCGGCACAAACCGGGCGUCCGAGGCGCAGAAACUGGCCAACGGCGUCAACAUCAUCGUGGCGACGCCGGGUCGUCUACUGGACCACCUGCAGAACACGCCCAGCUUCCUGUUCAAGAAUCUGCAGUGUCUGGUCAUUGACGAGGCGGACCGCAUCCUGGACAUCGGCUUCGAGGACGAGAUGAAGCAGAUCAUCAAACUGCUGCCCAAGCGCCGUCAGACGAUGCUGUUCAGCGCCACCACCACCAAGAAGGUCAAGGACCUGGAGACGCUGGCGCUCAAGUCGGACCCCGUCUACGUGGGCGUCGACGACCUCGAGGAGAAGGCAACCGUCUCUGGGCUCGAGCAGGGGUAUGUGGUGUGUCCGUCGGAGAAGCGGUUCAUGCUGCUGUUCACCUUCCUGAAGAAGAACCGCAAGAAGAAGGUGAUGGUGUUCUUCAGCAGCUGUAUGUCGGUGAAGUUCCACAACGAGCUGCUCAACUACAUCGACCUGCCCGUCAUGUGCAUCCACGGGAAGCAGAAGCAGUCGAAGCGGACGACGACGUUCUUCCAGUUCUGUAACGCCGACAGCGGGAUCCUGCUGUGUACCGACGUGGCCGCCCGAGGGCUGGACAUCCCGGCCGUCGACUGGAUCGUCCAGUUCGACCCGCCUGAUGACCCCAAGGAGUACAUCCACCGUGUGGGUCGGACGGCGCGCGGGAUGGGCGGCCGGGGUCACGCGCUGCUCAUCCUGCGACCCGAGGAGCUUGGCUUCUUGCGCUUCCUGAAGCACGCCAAGGUGCCGCUGAACGAGUUCGAGUUUUCCUGGGCCAAGAUCGCCGACAUCCAAAACCAGCUGGAGCGUCUCAUCACCAAGAACUACUUCCUCAACCAGUCGGCCAAGGAGGCGUUCCGCGCCUACGUCCACGCCUACAACUCGCACAGCCUCAAGUCCAUCUUCGACAUCGAGCAGCUGGACCUGAAGAGCGUCGGCAGGUCGUUCGGCUUCACCGUGCCGCCGGCGGUGGAGCUGAAGGCGCACGCGGCCAAGGAGGGCCGCGCCAGGAAGCGGGGCGGCGGCGGAGGCGCGGCGUUCGUUCACGACGAGCAACAGAAGGCCAAGAAGGCCAAGAUCUACUCUCGGCCGAAGCCGGGGAAGGGGUUCGUGCGGUGAGACAGCGCGGGGCGGGAGGGCGAGUCGGGGUGACUGGGAGCGGAGCUGGGAGGAGCGGGAGGCCGCCGAGGUGGCCGGUCAGCGGACGGAGGGCCUCCAUGCUGGCGUCGGGGACGCCGUGUGCCGAAUAAGGCGGCGCGGGGGCGGCGCUGGCGCCGCGCCGGCCUCAUAAGGCGUCAGGCCGGCUGGUGUUCGGGUGGAGCCGCCGCCCCGCGCCGCCUGCCGUCAGCGCGCCGCGGGGCCGCCCGCCUCACCUGGGUGGCCGGCGGGGCGGGGGCGGCGGGCGCCCUGUGACCUGACCGGGCGAUCCGUCUGUGUUGUGUGACAGCCGGAGGUGUUGAAUGGGAGCAAUACACAGUCUCACAGA